AUGUCGAAAACUUCGCAACCAGAACUAAGAAAGUAUAUGGAAAAAAGAGUGUUUAUUCAACUUAAUGGAAGUCGAAAAGUAACCGGAACUCUACGCGGAUUUGAUCCUUUCAUGAACUUGGUUCUGGAUGAGACUGUUGAAGAAGUUUCGGCAACUGAAAAGCACAACAUUGGCAUGGUGGUUAUACGCGGAAAUUCUGUUGUAAUCAUGGAAGCUCUAGAAAAUGUGGGAUAA